AAACAAUAUUACUAAAUAGCGAUAUUACUCCGUGUACUUUUUUCAAAUAAUUAUUGGAGUCUACUCAUUUAAUACAACGUAAUAAAAAAUGUGGUGGCCCUAUGGUGCUCUAGGAUUCGUAUGUCUGCUACAUUUUACGACAGGGGAGCAACCAAAAAUUGUUAUAAUAGGAGCAGGAGCUUCUGGCAUUGCAGCAGCAUCAAAGCUUUACGAACAUGGUUUUCAAGAUGUGACCAUUCUAGAAGCUGAGAAUAGAAUUGGCGGACGAGUGUAUACUACAUGGUUUGAUGAAAGUUGGGUUGAUCUCGGAGGUCAAUGGGUUCACGGAGAAACAGGCAAUGUAGCCUUUGAGUUAGCUUCUCCUCUCGGGCUUUUAGAUGUUCCAGAAGAAAAAAAUUGGGUAGAAUUUGACAUUCGUAAUUCUAAAGGCGUUCAGUUACCUCUUGACCUCAGUAGAGAUUUAUUUGCAUUGUACACGAAUGUGUCUGCAAAAUCCAAAGAGGCUCUGGCAGGAAACAAUGGUUCCAUUGCAGAUUUUUUCACAACAGAAUUUACCAGGGGAUUGCAACAAUACCCAACAUUAAAUGAGACCCUAGUGAAGGAGGUGCUGAAAAUGUUUGAGGGUUUAAUAAUAGCAGAGGACAGUGCGGAUAACUGGAAUGAUAUUUCUGCGAUAGAUUAUACAGCAUAUAAGGCCUACCCCGGAAGUUACAUUGUCACCUGGAAAGACAAGGGAUAUGGAACCAUACUCGAUGUAUUAAUGAAAAAAUAUCCAAACCCUGAAGAAGAACUUCCAGUUAUGAACAACACCUUCUUGAAUUCGGAAGUGGUCAACAUUAAUUAUAACUCAACAGACAAAAAGAUUUUGGUAGAAACGAGCAAUGGGCAAAAGUACACAGCAGAUCACGUUAUUGCAACACCAUCAUUAGGCGUACUGAAGGAACAAUAUGAAACUUUAUUUACACCACAAUUACCAGAAUCUAAAGUGAAAACUAUUAAAGGCCUAUCGAUGGGAUCUGCUGCUAAGAUAUAUUUUUCCUUUGAAGCACCAUGGUGGUUUGAGGAUCGUGAUUUAUUUCUUUUGUGGGAUGAAAAAGACAGACAAGAGUAUGAGACCGAUCCAAGCAAGAAAUGGAUGCUGGAUAUAGUUAGCUUUUUCUCAGUGGCCAAUAGACCACGAAUAUUAUGUGCUUGGAUUAACGGAGCAGGAGCUAGAGACAUGGAAGCGUCGCCUGAAAAUCAAGUUUUCAACGAAACAUUCGCUUUGCUGAAUAAAUUUUUUGGAAACUCGUACAAUAUCACAAGACCAACUGGAUACUUGCGGACUAAUUGGAGCAACAACAAACAUUUCCGAGGAGCGUACAGUUUCAGAAGUAUGGAAUCUGAGAGAUCUGAUGCAUGGGCGAAUGAAUUAGCAGCCCCGUUACUAGUUGAUGGUAAACCAAUAGUCAUGUUUGCAGGAGAGGCCACCAAUAGGCAACGCUGGGCAAGUGUUGACGGAGCGAUAGAAACUGGUUUUCGUGAAGCAAACCGACUCAUGAAGCUAUAUAACAUUAAGAAUCCAUCAAAAAUAUCCACUGCAUUGAAAUUUUCGAAAAAUUUUGAGUUGUUACAGUAUAGUUUAUACGAAUCUUAUGUCUGUCCAGGCACCACAACUCUUGCCGUGAAUUCUCAUUUUAUUCUGAUCCAAUUUCCUGCAGAAGCCUUAUCAAACAUGGAGGAGUUUCAAUUGACCCUUGCUGCGGUCAAUUAUUUGUUUGAUAGUGAUGAACAUUGCAUUGAGAAGGGAAAGGAGCAACCAAAAAUUGUUAUAAUUGGAGCUGGAGCUUCUGGCAUUGCAGCUGCAUCAAAGCUAUAUGAACAUGGGUUUCAAGAUGUGACAAUUUUGGAAGCUGAGAAUAGAAUUGGCGGACGAGUGUAUACUACAUGGUUUGAUGAAAGCUGGGUUGAUCUCGGAGGUCAAUGGGUUCACGGAGAAACAGGCGAUGUAGCCUUUGAGUUAGCUUCUCCUCUCGGGCUUUUAGAAGUUCGAGGGGAUGAUAAUUGGGUAGGAUUCGACAUUCAUACUUCGAAAGGUGUUCAGUUACCCCUUGAUCUCAAUAUUACUAAUCCUUAUGAUCGUGUUUUCAAACUUAGAUUUAGUAGCGAGUUACAAAAAUACCCAUUAUUAAAUAAGACCCUUGUGAAGGAAGUGCUGAAAAUGUUUGAGGGUUUCAUAAUAUGGGAGGACAGUGCGGAUAACUGGACCGAUCUUGCAGUGACAAGCUUGACGGAAUAUCACAACUACCCUGGAAAUAACCUGAUCAACUGGAAGGACAGGGGAUAUGGAACCAUACUUGACAUACUAAUGAAAAAAUAUCCAAACCCUGAAGAAGAACUUCCAAUUAUGAGCAACACAUUGCUGAAUUCGGAAGUGGUCAACAUUAAUUAUAACUCAAUAUACAAAAAGGUUUCGAUAGAAAUAAGCAAUGGGCAAAAAUACACAGCGGAUCACGUUAUUGUAACACCAUCAUUAGGCGUACUGAAGGAACAAUAUGAAACUUUAUUUACACCGCAAUUACCAGAAUCUAAAGUGAAAACUAUCAAAGGCCUAUCGAUGGGAUCUGGUGCUAAGAUUUAUUUCUCCUUUGAGGCACCAUGGUGGUUGAAGAAUCGUGAAUUAGUUCUCUUGUGGGAUGAAAAAGACAGACAAGAGUAUGAAAACGAUCCAAGUAAGAAAUGGCUGCUGGAUUUGGUUGGCUUUUUUACGGUAGCCCAUAGACCACGCAUAUUAUGUGCUUGGAUUAAUGGAGCAGGAGCUAGAUAUAUGGAAACAUUACCUGAAAGUCAAGUUUUUGACGAAGCAUUUGCUUUGCUCAAUAAAUUUUUUGGAAACUCGUACAAUAUCACAAGACCAACUGGGAAUUUGCGAACUAAUUGGAGCAACAACAAACAUUUCCGAGGAACGUACAGUUUCAGAAGUAUUGAAUCUGAGAGAUCUGAUGUUUGGGCAAGUGAAUUAGCAGCCCCGUUAUUAGUUGAUGGCAAGCCAAUAGUCAUGUUUGCAGGAGAGGCCACUAACAGUCAGCACUGGGCAAGUGUUGAUGGAGCAAUAGAAACUGGUUUUCGUGAAGCAAACAGACUCAUCAAGCUCUAUAACAUCAAGAAUCGGAUAAAGUUCAGUUUAGAUUUAUUGAAGCUAAAUGUGCAGGGAGCAACUUAUAUACCCUGCGUGUACAGAUUAUUCACAGUGCUAUCCGUUGAGCGUAAACGUUUACUUCACUACAUUCUUCAAUCAGUCGCAAUCAUUGAAAUGUCGUGGCUCUAUAGUGCACUAGGAUUCAUAUGUCUGCUGCAUUUUGCGACAGGAGAGCAACCAAAGAUUGUUAUAAUUGGAGCUGGAACUUCUGGCAUUGCAGCUGCAUCAAAGCUAUACGAACAUGGGUUUCAAGAUGUGACAAUUUUGGAAGCUGAGAAUAGAAUUGGCGGACGAGUGUAUACUACAUGGUUUGAUGAAAGCUGGGUUGAUCUCGGAGGUCAAUGGGUUCACGGAGAAACAGGCAAUGUAGCCUUUGAGUUAGCUUCUCCUCUCGGGCUUUUAGAAGUUCCAGGGGAUGAUAAUUUGGUAGAAUAUGACAUUCGUAAUUCUAAAGGUGUUCAGUUACCUCUUGACCUCAGUAGAGAUUUAUUUGCAUUGUACACGAAUGUGUCUGAAAAAGCUUUCACAGCUCUGACGCGAAACAAUGUUUCCCUUGCAGAUUUUUUUACAGCAGAAUUCACUAGCGAGUUACAAAAAUACCCAUUAUUAAAUGCGACCCUUGUGAAGGAGGUGCUGAAAAUGUUUGAGGGUUUGAUAAUAUCGUUGGAUAGUUCAGAUAACUGGACGGAUCUUGCAGUGACAGGCUUUGUGGGAUAUCAAGACUGCCCUGGAAGUGAAAUUGUAAACUGGAAAGACAGGGGAUAUGGAACCAUACUUGACAUACUAAUGAAAAAAUAUCCAAACCCUGAAGAAGAACUUCCAAUUAUGAACAACACAUUGCUGAAUUCGGAAGUGGUCAACAUUAAUUAUAACUCGACAGAGAAAAAGGUUUUGAUAGAAACGAGCAAUGGACAAAAGUACACAGCAGAUCACGUUAUUGUAACACCAUCAUUAGGCGUACUGAAGGAACAAUACGAAACUUUAUUUACACCACAAUUACCAGAAUCUAAAGUGAAAACUAUCAAAGGCCUAUCGAUUGGAUCUGUUGGUAAAAUUUAUUUCUCCUUUGAGGCACCAUGGUGGUUGAAGAAUCGUGAAUUAGUUCUCUUGUGGGAUGAAAAAGACAGACAAGAGUAUGAAAACGAUCCAAGUAAGAAAUGGCUGCUGGAUUUGGUUGGCUUUUUUACGGUAGCCCAUAGACCACGCAUAUUAUGUGCUUGGAUUAAUGGAGCAGGAGCUAGAUAUAUGGAAACGUUACCUGAAAGUCAAGUUUUUGACGAAGCAUUUGCUUUGCUCAAUAAAUUUUUUGGAAACUCGUACAAUAUCACAAGACCAACUGGGAAUUUGCGAACUGAAUGGAGCAACAACAAACAUUUCCGAGGAACGUACAGUUUCAGAAGUAUAGAAUCUGAUAGAUCUGAUGUUUGGGCAAGUGAAUUAGCAGCCCCGUUAUUAGUUGAUGGCAAGCCAAUAGUCAUGUUUGCAGGAGAGGCCACUAACAGUCAGCACUGGGCAACUGUUAACGGAGCGAUAGAAACUGGUUUUCGUGAAGCAAACAGACUCAUCAAGCUAUAUAACAUGAAGAAUCCAUCACAAUGA